UCGUGUCACAGAUCUGAUGUGAUCCCUCCCACUUCCACCUACGCUCACCUUUAGGAUAACAGCUUCCCCCCUUGUUACCGGGACUUACUGAGAUUUCUGCUUGGGCCAAGCAGUGACAGUCACAGAGGACAGCUGACAGAAACAGAAGACAGAAAGAGGGACUCUAAAGAGUAAACCAUGGCUGAACCUAAGACUCUAAAAUUUCUGCUGCUGGGUGCCAAUGAGGCAGGCAAGACCACCUUGGCUAAGCAGAUGAAAAUACUACACCUUGGCGCCUACACUGACGAGGAAAGGCUGGACUAUAGACCCACCAUCUACAGCAACAUCCUUCAGUUUUCUCUGACGGUCAUUCAGAACAUGGGCGCUCUGGAGAUCAAGUUCGCAUCACCCUCCGGAGAGGCUGAUUCUAAGAAGUUGGUGACCAUGGCAGGGUCGACAGAGGAGGGAACAAUGUCCGCAGAUUUGGCUGCCCUCAUUAAAUCAGUGUGGGCAGACGCAGGAAUCAAGGCCUGCUUUGAGCGUGCCAAUAUGUAUGAUAUAAACGACCCUACAUCUUACUUCAUGGAUGACCUGGAGAGAGUUUGUGAGCCCAAUUACCUACCCACUGAAAAGGAUGUGCUAUACUCUCGGUUGGAGACCACUGGCACUUCAGAGGAGCAGUUCAACUACAAGGACCUGCUCAUCAGGCUUUUCGAUGUGGGGGGCAAGCGUGAGGAGAGGAAAGGCUGGAUCAAGAAUUUCGAGGAUGUGUCCUGCAUAAUCUUUGUUUCAGCUCUCAGUGCUUAUGACCUGGUGCUGGUGGAGGAUGACGAGAUGAAUCGCGUACACGAGAGCCUUCAUCUGUUCAACAGCAUCUGCAACCACAAGUUCUUUGCCACCACUACCAUGGUGCUCUUCCUCAACAAGACAGACAUCUUUAAGAACAAAAUCAAGACAUCUCCCCUUACCAUUUGCUUCCCCAACUAUACUGGUGGCGACAGUUAUGAGCAGGGAACUGACUUCAUCAAGAAGCAGUUUGAGGAGCUGAACCUGAAGAAGGGCGAAAAGGAAAUCUACACCCACCUGACCUGUGCCGUUGACACACAGAAUGUGGACUCAGCAUUCAACACAGUUGUUGACACCGUUGUCAAAAACCUGAAGGCCUGUGGUCUGUACUAAACUAUUCCAGCCAUCAGAAUGGGUGGCAGUCUAUGUCCUGACCAGCUUUUCUAAAACUACUAAAUGACCCUGAAAACAUCUCGGCUUGUAAAUCUUUAACCAAGAGAAUUAACAUGAGAGAAAGGCUUGGAUUAACACAUUUCCUUAGGCAUACCAUAUAUGACUAAGUGUGUCAUAUACAGUUUUAUAAUGCCUUGGGUGGCUCUAUGAGCAUGAGGAAUAGAUCUCUGUGUAAUUGUGUAAAUAAUACCUAUGCAAUGCAUUUCAAAAGAGCUAUUCACAUCUAUAUUCCCACUAUUUGUUACAUCAGCUUUUAUUUCUGAAACCAUCAUUUAUCCAUUUAUCCUCAGUUGUUCAUCUCUUACAAAGAAAACAUUUGCUGUAUGAGGUUAUGCUGUGAUAGGUGACAUUUUUGAAAAACUUUUUUGUUGAUUAAUGUAUUUAUUCAAAUCAUGUACAGAGCUAGCAGGCAUUUCUGUGUUUUUUUGUUUGUGUUUCCAGAAAAGUGAGAAAAUCUCACCAGUGUUGCAUGUCAUAGUUUAUUAUUUAUUUACAUAGUUUAUUAUUAUUGUCAUUAAAUAUAAAAAAUGUACAAGAUGUGUUUUUCAUGAAA